CACUCACUCCUCUCCUAACUAACAUACUGCUACCUACUAGAACAACUUGGACGCAUAUUCAAAGACAGGCCCUUCUCAUAUAACCUUAUUGCUAUUGUGACCACUGGACGUUCGUCGGGCGUGAUCCAGCAUGUCCUCCAACCCUUCAAGUGGACGCGCCACGCCCACCCCACCCACGGUGGGCCAGGUGGGCGGGCCAUCGGUGGGACGUGGAGCUGUGCAAAUCAAUAACGCCUUGUCGGGUCAGGCGAGUGGUACGGGGAGCGGGACGGGAAGUGCGGGUGGAGCGGGAGCCACGGGCAACAAUGCCGAGAAAACGCCCUUAGUCCAGAUCGGGCACUACGUCUUGGGCGAAACGUUGGGCAUUGGCACAUUUGGCAAGGUCAAAGUGGGUUUCCAUCAAAUGACCGGCCACAAAGUGGCGGUCAAGAUCUUGAAUCGACAGAAGAUCAAAAGUCUGGAUGUGGUGGGUAAGAUUAGGCGGGAAAUCCAGAACCUCAAGCUCUUCAACCAUCCUCACAUCAUCAAGUUGUAUCAAGUGAUCUCCACCCCGACCGACAUCUUCAUGGUUAUGGAAUAUGUGGCGGGUGGAGAGCUCUUUGAUUAUAUCGUCAAGCACGGCAAGUUGAAGGAAAGUGAAGCGCGGAGAUUCUUCCAACAAAUCAUUUCCGGUGUGGAAUAUUGCCAUCGACACAAUGUCGUUCAUCGAGACUUGAAACCCGAGAAUCUUUUACUGGAUCAAAAAUUAAAUGUGAAGAUCGCCGAUUUCGGCUUGUCCAACAUGAUGACGGAUGGCGAGUUUCUGCGCACCAGCUGCGGGUCUCCCAAUUAUGCGGCUCCAGAGGUAAUUUCGGGCAAACUCUAUGCAGGGCCCGAAGUCGAUAUUUGGUCUUGCGGCGUGAUCCUUUAUGCCCUCCUCUGUGGAACAUUGCCGUUCGACGAUGAGCAUGUCCCUUCUCUGUUCAGAAAGAUCAAAUCUGGUGUCUUCGCUAUCCCUGAUUACUUGCACAAGAAUGUGGUAAGCCUGCUCUGUCACAUGCUCCAAACCGAUCCGAUGAAACGAGCCACCAUCGAGGACAUUCGAAACCACGAAUGGUUCCAAGUGGAUCUAGCCUCUUACUUGUUUCCGGAUCGCGAUGCCGCCAUGGCUACGCUCGACCAUGAGGCCGUUCAAGAGGCCUCGGAGAAACUUGGUGUUAAAGCCGAAGAGAUCAUCGAAGCGCUGGAGAAUGACGACAGCACUAACACUCUGGCCGUGGCAUACCGCUUGAUCAUUGACAACAAACGGAUGGCUGACGAGUCGGCCAUCGAGGAUUUCAAGGAUUUCAUGAUGGCCUCCAGCCCACCCACUCCGGCUCCAGUAUCGACUCAAGUGUCCACGACCAGCACGGAUCAGAGUCCGGUCAAGCCUCAUCCAGAGCGAAUUGCGCCUCAUUUAGAGCGUCCGUCUCUCUGGGACCCGGCGACAAAUUUCCACCGCGAUUGUCAUGCCAAUAAAUGGGUUGCUCUGAUGGAUGAUGCUAAAAAGGCUGGAUUAAACAUGAAGCCCACGGAGAAGACCAUGAGAGGAAAUCCGAUCAAACGUGCCAAGUGGCAUUUGGGCAUCCGCUCCCAGAGCAAGCCUCAGGAUAUCAUGAACGAAGUAUUCAGAGCUAUGAAGACAUUGGAUUUUGAAUGGAAGGUCAUCAAUCCUUAUCACGUCCAUGUGCGCCGACGCAACCCCGUGGUGAAACAUUUCGUCAAAAUGUCGCUACAACUGUAUCAAGUGGACUACAAAAGCUUCCUCUUGGACUUCAAGAGCUUGCCCACCGAUGAAAAUUCUGUUGGUAAUGCAGACGUACCGGAUGAAGCUCCCGUGAUCGGCAAUGUCUACUCCGUGCCCGGUCACCACACCAUGGAAUUCUUCGAGAUGUGCGCAGCUCUCAUUACUCAAUUGGCGCGUUAGGCCCGGAAAUGCAGCGUCAGUGUUCUCCCCUGGGUCGUAGCUGGCCCAUGUAUCCGGCAAUUCCGCCAACAUGGCAAAAAAAAAAAAUAUAGUCUAUUCAUUCACCGUAUCCAUGCAAAAUUCAUAGCCAACCUAUUAUCUAUCCACAUCUAUCCACACCUAGUGACUAAUAAAAGUACACAGUAUACCUACAGA